AUGACUAUCUUCCGAGUCGGUGUCGGAAAUGCAAACGCUUCUCCAACCUCGGCACUCCUUCUACACAUUCUGCAGGAUAUAUCGGGUCGCAUUGCAACGAUCUGUUUUGCCCACCGCGUCGGCACAGCCCUCGAGCCAGAGUGCAAAACCUACCGACUGGCAGCAGACGUCUUCAACGACAUCGCCAUGAUCCUCGACUGUCUCUCGCCGGGCGUCCCCGCAGGACCAAUGCGGGUGACCGUUCUCAGCACAGCUGGCAUCCUCCGGGCCCUCUGUGGUGUAGCCGGUGGUAGCUCGAAGGCGAGCUUGAGUGCUCAUUUCGCACGGUGGGGGAAUCUGGCGGAGUUGAAUGCCAAAGAUUCAUCCCAAGAGACCAUCAUCUCUCUUUUCGGCAUGCUGGUCGGCUCCGUAGUCAUCUCCCACAUAACCAAUUUCAGCACAACCUGGCUCGUCCUCCUAACCCUCCUAGCCCUCCACCUAAGCAUGAACUACGCCGCCGUCCGCGCCGUCCAAAUGACAAGUCUAAACCGCCAAAGAGCAAACAUCGCCUUCUCAGCCCUCCUAGACUCAGACCCAGAUCUCAGCCUCGAUCCAACCCCCAAACCCCCCAAACACACAGAAAAGCAAUGGACACUCCUUACCCCGGCACAGGUAUCCAAACACGAACGUAUCUUCCACCGCGAUGGAGCAUUACAGUGGACACACAACCCAACCACAACCCCAUCAAUCCAACAUCUCGGAUCCGCACAGAUAGGCGUGUCCAUGUCCACUUUCCUACGCAGUAGCUCAAAACCCACCCUGCCCUUGCACACCCUUGCAACUAUCUUCUCAAGGGAAGCUUACAUUCUCUUCCUCUCGAAGAAUACAUCAUGGCAUGCCUGUAUUCUGCUAAAACGGGGAUGUCCAGUCCCCAGCCAACUCAAAGCAUGGACUCAUGCUCUACUAGCCGCAAGAGUCCUAGCCCAGACAUCAGCGGACUAUCCCACCGAUGCAGUUGUCGGCGUUAUCGAGACAACGCUUAGCUCGCUGAACUCGGAUAACCGCUUCGAGAGGUAUCUAGCUGGAUUGGGUGGUGUCGGGUGGAAUCUCGAUAUUGCAGCCUUGGAGACGAGGGGUGGGCGGAGGGUUGAUGUUUAG